AAACAAACGACAAAUCAAAUUUGCACAUUCCAUUAUUUGCCUUAAGAUCCCUCCAUUCAAUAGUAACCAACUAACCACCGAUAUAAAGUAGUGGUCGCUAAUUACAGCUCCUGAUUCCCCAACAACAAUGGAGACGACGGCGAUGGUGGAUGUCAUAAGAUCCUGGACCUCCGGCGAGAUAAACAACUUCAUCAAAAUAUGGCUUUCCGCCGGCGUCUCCCUCUCCUACUGCUUCUUCUCCGGCAAGAUCCUCCGCAAAGGACCUCCCAGACUGGCGGCGUUCCUCCCCGUCGUCUUCCUCUUCCUCCUCCUCCCCCUCCACCUCCGCUCAGUCCACCUCGGCGGCACCACCGCCUUCUUCCUCGCCUGGCUCGCCAAUUUCAAGCUCCUCAUCUUCGCCUUCGACCAAGGCCCCUUAUCUCACCCCUCAAUUUCCCUCCCAAAAUUCGUCGCCGUCGCCUGCCUUCCGAUCAGGCUCCACCACCGGAACCCUAACUACAAAUCGGAAUCCCGCCGGGAAUCGUCGGCGUUCAAUUACGCCGUUAAGGCAGCUCUGUUUGCGGCGAUCAUCAAGUGCUACGAUUACGAGGAUCGAAUUCAUCCGAGAAUCAUCCUCGUGAUUUACAGUUUCCACAUAUACUUUUGCCUGGAGCUCAUCCUCGCCGUCGCCGCCGCAGUGGCACGUGCAUUGCUCGCCGCCGAGCUUGAGCCGCAGUUCGACGAGCCGUACCUGUCGGCUUCGCUCCAGGACUUCUGGGGCCACCGUUGGAACCUGACGGUGACGCGGAUGCUGCGCCCCACCGUCUACCUCCCUGUCCGCGGCUUGGCGGCUCGGCUCGUCGGCCGGCGAUGGGCCUUGCUGCCGGCGGUGAUGUCCACGUUCGUCGUUUCGGGCCUCAUGCACGAGCUUAUAUUCUUCUAUUUGGGCCGGGUCCGUCCCACGUGGGAAAUCACGUGCUUCUUUGUGCUCCACGGCGCGUGCCUUGUGAUCGAGAUCGUUGUCAAGAAGGCCGUGGGUGACACGUGGCGGUUGCCGAGGAUCGCCGGCGCGAUCCUCACCGUCGGAUUCGUAAUGGCUACCGGAUUCUGGCUGUUCUUCCCGCCGCUGCUGAGGUGUAAAGCGGACGAGAGAGCCAUGGUGGAGAUCGCCGCUGUCGGCGCGUUUGUUAAGGACUUUGUUCUAGCGGUCCAAUUUUAGUGACGCUGUAUUUUUAUUUCAAUUUUUUUUUUUUAGAAAACAAUUAGAAAGAAAAGUCAGAUUUGUAUCCACCACCAGUCCAAAUUGUGGAAAUUUAAAGGUGCGUUAUUAUUAUUGUUAUUAUUUUAUGCUCUCAUUUGUCUUAU